AUUGUGCAGCAAUAAACAAUUUGCCCAACAAACAUUUGAUUUGACUAGAUUCACUAGUAGUUCAUUUGAGUAAAUAAUGCAUUUCUUCUUGACAAUUUAGGAUCCUGUGCCUUAGAUGGUCAGGAUCAUAUGUUUUGUUUGAGUUGCAAUUAAUUUUUACUUUGAUCAUGAAUCUUUUUCUUUUUCUAUUUUUUCUAUUUUUUCUAUUUUUUCUUUUCUUUUUCAUAUCUUUUGGUAUUGAUAUUUUUACACGAUUCUCUCAACAAUAGAAAAUAAGUGAACUAUCAUAGAAACUGUUUAAAUGGUCAUAUUAAUUAUUGGAUUUAAUAAUUCUGUUUUUAGCUUGUAGGUAUGGAACUAUGCGAGAUAAUGUCAUUAAUCUCAAGGUGGUUCUUGCAAAUGGAGAUGUUGUCAAGACAGCUUCUCGUGCUCGAAAGAGUGCUGCAGGGUAUGAUUUGACUCGCUUGGUGAUUGGAAGUGAAGGAACCCUUGGCAUAAUAACAGAGGUCACUCUAAGACUUCAGAAAAUUCCGCAGCAUUCUGUGGUUGCAAUGUGUAAUUUUCCUACUAUUAAGGAUGCAGCAGAUGUUGCCAUUGCCACUAUGCUGUCUGGCAUACAGGUAUCAAGGGUGGAACUUCUGGAUGAGGUUCAAAUAAGAGCUAUAAAUAUUGCCAAUGAGAAGAAUUUACCUGAAGUUCCUACUCUGAUGUUUGAAUUCAUAGGCACAGGUGAGCCAUGAUGUCCCUUUCUUCUGAAG